CAUUGUCUCCAUUGAUCAUUUUCUGUUUGCCUUUGUUAUAACUUGUAUACGUAUGUUAAUUGAAUCAUAUUGGCAUCUGAUUUUUACACACCUCACUCUUGAAUCUGAACAUUUGUACAUCUUUUAUUUUCCCCAUAUGGAUGUAUGGCGUGGAAGGAUAAAACACAUGCAUCAAUGGGGGCCCACAGAUGUGGGAUCUUCACUCUGACAAAAUGUCCUUUGGUGUCUUCAGUCCUGCUUUCCAAUGCUGGUGUAAUUUCAGAUUGGAUGUCUUUGCUCCUACUUUUGGCUGUGGAAAGAGGAGUUUGUGUAAUUACCAAUAUGGGUGCAAGUUUUUGUCAUCCUACCAGGAAGUGUCUUAAGCUUGAUCAUUUCCAAGCCCCAUGGAUUUCAUUUUUCUUUUCUACAGUUUAUCUUGGUAUGAUAUGGAAGACAACUACAAGAGCUUACAACUUAGCUGCUCUCAAGUAUUGCGACUAGCAACUCAUAUCAACUUCCU